ACGCAAUUUCAUAAAUAAUGUUCAUUGUAAUAUGAUAAAUAUACGUCAAAUUUGAGUUUAGACCUAUUAAAUUACUAAAUAACAGAUUAAUGAAUAUAAUCACAAGUUUAAUUUAAAAUAUUAAUUACAAGAAAGUUAUUGCACCAAAUUUAAAUUAAUAGUUAUAAUAUCACAGUCUUCUAUUGUAUAAUAUUGUAUAAUAUUACAUUCACUUAUGUGCGACAACGAUGUUAUAACUCUAAAUGAGACUUUUAAAAUUACAUACAAACGAGUCACAUUAUCUUCUCUUUUGAUUAUAACAUUUCUCAAUUCUUUGCUUGAUAUGUAGAAUUUCAUUAAAAUGCUAUACCAUUAUUCACCACUCGAAGAAUACGCGGACAUAAUAGAACUAUAGAAGGUACAAAAAAACAAAUUCAUCAAACUUAUGAUGUACUGCAAUAAAAUAUUUUUCAUCUCUUGUAUUUUAGACCAGAUAUACUAUACGGUUUUCAUGAAGUUAUAUGCUUGCAAAGUUUUUAUCUGGGAUACCAACAGCAGUAAUCAAUUGGAGAUAGCGUUUUUAAUAUUUAAUGGCGCGUUCAACAUACAGGUCGAGUUUCCGAAAGAGGGUGAAUAUUGCUUCACAUUAUAAUAGGAAGAGUGAGAUAACUGGCCACAGUAAUAGUUUUGAACAUGCACAUUAUAGAACCUUCAGGUUACAAAGAUUUCGUGUGGGCCGUUGAAAUACAUCGCUUAGGCUUUGAAAUAAUGGGUUUAUGGCCCAAAAAUGACAAAUUUGAUACAAGUAAUUUAUGGUUAAAACUUCGCGUAGGCAUUUUUUUAAGUUUAAUAGUAUUUGUUAUUAUUAUUCCAAUGAUACUUACGGUUAUACAAGUGUGGGGCAACUUGGUACUGGUAGUAAAUAAUUUACGUAUUGCAUUAUCUAUAACAAUAUCAAUAAUAAAAUACAUUAUUAUGCUGUGGAAACGAACAGUUCUUCUGUCGAUUAUAAAUGUAAUGGCGGAAGAUUGGAUGACAUUCAAAUCGAAUACAGAGAGAACCGUAAUGAUAAAACAAGCACAAACUGCUCGAGUAAUCAUGGUCAUUGGAUACUUUAUCAUGCUAAUAGCAAUACUUGGAGUAGUAGUUCCAGCUUUUUUUGGCAUGCAAAUGGUGUCAACAACAAAUCGUACGGAUCAGCACAAAACGUUACUGUUCGUGACAUACGACAUAUAUGAUACAGACAAGAGUCCGCAGUAUGAAUUGACGUUCUGUAUUCAUACUAUAUCAAUCGUGAUUGGAGCUCUUGCAUUUAUGUCGGUAGAUUGUUUUUUAUUGCUAUUAGUUCUUCACAUUUGUGGCCAGUUAAAAAACUUUAGACGUCGAUUAGUUAAUGUGACGUCAUGUAAGAACUACAACGAAAUUUUAAAUAAUAUUGUAACAUCUCACUUACGUAUGAUCAGAUUUGCCGAUAAUAUCGAAAAUACAUACACUUUGAUAAUGUUAAUUGUGGUACUUCACUUCGUUAUAGUAUUUUGCCUAAGCGGGUUCUGUUUAAUAUUAGAAUUGGAUGAAGGCACUACGGCAAAAAUUUGUUUUUCGAUUAUUAUGCUUAUAAUCUUAUUAAUGAAUACUUUUUUGUACUGUGGUGCAGGAGAACUUUUAACGGAACAAUGUAAUGCAGUAUAUCGUGCAAUGUGCAAUCUUGAAUGGUACAAAUUGGAAUCAAGAAAAGCGAGAAAUCUUAUUUUAUUAAUGAUUCGAGCGCGCCAUCCUGUUUGCAUUACUGCAGGAAAGAUUAUUCCAUUAACAAUGGCUACUUUUUCCAGCGUAUUAAAAACAUCAUGUGGAUAUAUAACAUUUUUAUUAGCGAAACGUGGUUAAAGAUUAAGACAAUAUAUUAAUAUUUACGUAUCACAACGAAAUAAAUGUAUAUUCAACUAAAUAAUUACUAAUUACAAAUAGAUGAUAGUAUAUUGUAUUGACAAUUAUUGCAAUAGAAAUUUGUUUUGCUUAUUAUUACAUUUGCUAUUUAUUAUAAACUAUAUUAUGUAAUUUAUAAUGUAACGACAUUUUUAUUGUCUCUAAUAGAACUGCUUUGAUAGAAUUUGAUGUGUUUGUGUUUACGUGUCAAGCAGACGACGAAACUGAGGCUUAAAGAGAUCCUGAAAUCUUUCUUCUUUUACCGAUUAAACAAAUCAAUUUUGUGACAACUUCUCAAUUUCACUAAAAUUGCUAUAACAUUAUUCACGACUCCGAAGACUACGCGGAUAAAAUAGAUCUAUAGCAGAAAAAGCGAGAUACUGUUCAUAACAGUUUUAAACAUGGAUAUUAUAGAACCUUCAGGUUACAAAGAGGCUAUACACCAGAAAAUCGUGGAUUAGGAGGAAAUCGUCUGUAUAGCUUAAGUUCCUGGGCUCCACAUACAGGGAUCAACUGGAUGGUUCUCAACUGUGUGGAUAAAGCCACUUGGCAGUGGCUUCGUCCAAUUGGUGGCAUAUUAAAAAAACAAAACAUUAUAAUUAAUGGAAAAAAUAAAAGAUAAAUAUAAAAAUAAAAGUUUAAUAACAAUUAAAAUUAAAUUUUUCUUUUUUCUUUUUUCAUAAUUUUUGUAUAAUUUUCAGCUUUCAAAUUCUUGUUUGCAAUUGAAAAUCGAUCCAGUCCAAUCGUGAUAUGUCGGAAACGCCGUAGUCUAAAUGAUAAUCUCGAGGACCGUGAAUAGAUAUCGUUUUCGGAACAUGAUCUAUGAGUUCCGAAAACAACAUCUUGCAAGAGGUAACUAAGAAUGUCACAACACAAGUAAGAAACGAAAGCGAAUGAAAAUUGUCAGAAACGUUUAUCACGAUUUUUGUAAGCAAAUGUCGCAUUUUUACAUUUGAAUUUAAGUUCUUGUACUGAGAAAGACUGUUGAUUAAAAGUUGAAACGUUUACAUUUA